AUGAACCAGGCCUUCUGGAAAACCUACAAGUCCAAAGUGUUACAGACCCUAAGUGGAGAACCUGAGGAGGACCUGGCAGAGGAGAGAGGGAACCCAGCGUUAGCGGAAUCUGAGCCGGCAGAACCCGCAGAAGAGGCUUUCCAUUCCAUGUCACAGUUGGCCCGCCGGGUUCAGGGGGUUGGGGUGAAAGGUUGGCUGACAAUGUCGUCUCUGUUUAACAAAGAAGAUGAAGACAAGCUACUGCCACCGGAGCCCUGUGCGGACCACCCGCUGGCGGCGCGGUCCCCCUCUCAGGCAGUGACCGCGACGGAGGCGGAGCCGCGUAGGCCGGGAUUCUGGGACGCGUUCGCCAGCAGGUGGCAGCAGCAGCAGGCGGCAGCGGCGUCCAUACUGCGCGGCGCGGAACCCAACCCGGAGCCAGACCCCGAAGCCCGGGACGAAGCCGCAGAAGAGGCCACUGAGCUCCCCGAGCCGGGGGAGGCCGACAACGUAGCCGGCUUCAAGUGGGGCUUUCUCACCCACAAACUGGCCGAGAUGAGGGUGAAGGCUGCGCCCAAGGGCGACUAGUCGGCCGGCCCAGCUGGACACCCCCUUUCUUCCCCCACUCCUAUAAAAACCC